UACUCCAUACACAGCCCCAGUCGAAAAGCGUACUUUUGGCAGUUAGUCGCUCCGUGUUGUUCCUACUGUGCAAGCCGCUUUUUCUCAGAGCUCUGAAACGGGGUCUACGGCACGCGGCUAACGGUUUUCGUUUUCGCAUAGCAUGUGAUAUAACCAAAUAAUUUGAAUUCACAAGAUUAACACAAGAUGAACAACCAGGCAAACGAAAUAGCACCUGCUGAGCCCGCACCACAGGAUUUCAAGCCACCUGUAUUUAACGAUAACAAGCUCGUGCUUUACUUUCAUCCAUACAACUUCUACUCGCAAAAAGUUUUGCUGGUGCUUUAUGAGAAAAACAUUGACUUCACACCCUACGUAGUCGAUCUGUGCAAUGGCGAACAGUAUUCCAGUUGGUUCCUAAAUCUGAAUCCGAAAGGCGAUGUGCCUGUGCUGCAGGAUGGUGCCUUCAUCAUACCCAACUCGCCGCAGAUUAUCAAUUAUGUGGAGACGAAGUUUAGAGGAGACCGUCAUCCGACGCUAAAGCCGUAUAGACCAGAUUCACUGGAUUAUGAUAGAAUGAUCACAUUUGAACGUGCCUUCACACGCCUGCCUAUUGGCGCACUCAGUCUGGGCUCCUUUAUCCACGACGAUCUUAAGUUGUCGCCCAAGGCUCCUUUCAUUGGUCCCGUGCGGCAAUCUUGCCUGAAGAACAAUGAUAAGGUAAUGGACUUACUUCGUCGAUCCAUGGACGAGGUGGACUCGAAUGGCUGCUCAAGUGCAUUGAAGCAGAAGCUAGAUAUUCAAGUGCGUCGCAGAAAUCUUGUUGCCUCACGAACAGAAUUUCAGCGCGUGCUCGAUGCCGUUCGCAAUGUGUUGCUCUUUGUUGAGCAGGAGCUAUCAAAACAAACGCCACGCAAGGAGUGGCUCACGGGUGAUGAGCUCACACUAGCUGACGUCAGUUUAGGUCUGCUGCUGCAGCGGCUUAAUCAGCUGGGCUUCGAGAACUAUUAUUGGGGCUACGGCAAGCUUCCGCAGGUGGAGGGCUUCUUUUUGAGGUUCAAGCAGCGGCCCUCGUACCACAAACUGAUGCCCAGCAGCAAUUUUGAAAUACUGAAGGAGAUGUGGAGUAUGACGCCUGCCAAUUACAAGCUGGGAGCUACCGCCGGUUUCUUGGUUGGGCACAUAUAAACACAAACAAAAGAACGCUUAAGUCUACCUGGUAACAAUGCAAGCAAGAUGCGGAAGGCAGAAACAGU